AUCAAGCCACAUGAAAUAAGAGCACUGAACUUCCUUGUCAAUGAAUAUCUACUGGUGAACAACUACAGGCUAACAUCGAUUACCUUCUCUGAUGAAAAUACUGACCAGGAUUUUGAUGACUGGGAUGAUGUUGGUCUUAACAUCCCCAAACCACCAAACAUCUUGCAUCUAUWUCGKGAUUACGGACRUCAUACUGUGCCUGAAGUGAUGCUGGUAUUGCAGUCAGUAAAAGAAGAGAAGGUCAGGUUAGAAGAUGAAGUUGUAAAACUACAGUCAGAGUGCAAGAAUCUAAGGGAAGAAGUUGGAGAGCUGAAAUUUGAAAAUCAAACUCUACAAGAAAAUAUGGAGAAGAUCCAAAGUGAACAUCAGCAGUUUAGAUCUCCUGGAAACACUUCCUUCAACACUAUCAAAUCAGAGGCAUCAGAAGACAGGACCAUUACUCCUCAACAUCCUUCUACUGACCAGCCAGAUGGUGCAGUUGAUAUGGAGAAUAGUUAUGUUGGUGAACAGCAAAUACCAAGCAUUGUUUUUGAGCCAGAUAUUGAACCACCUGUGGGUAAAGAAGAGAUCAAGCAAAAGGAGAAAGACGAGGCUAAUGACGAAAGUGAAACUAUGAGUAAAGAAAAUACUAUUGAGGAUGAGCAUGUGAAGGUGAAAGAGGAAGAGCCUUCACUUAAAGAAGAAGACAAGGUUUCAGAACCUGUGACGGCUACAACAGUUAACACAACUGCAUCUCAUGGACAAAGAAUGACGUCGCCAGCGUUCAGGGAAGCUCUCUUCUCGUCAGCGCACAUCGCACUUGAUAACAGACUGGCCAGUGAGGUGUCCAAGCUGUCAGAGACAAGCGAUGAUGUGGUUCUAAUCCUAGCAAGGUGUCUUCCUCAUAUCGUACCAAAUGUCCUGUUAAAUAAGAGAGAGGAAUUGAUUCCAGUUAUUCUUUGUACCGCAAUCCAUCAUCCAGACAUCAAAGAACGAGACAAUCUUAUGCACAUGCUAUUUAACCUCAUCAAGAGACCAGAUGAGGAACAGAGACAGAUGAUCAUGAACGGAUGUGCAGCCUUUGCACAAGUCGUCGAACCUUCGCGUGUUGAAGCUGAACUACUCCCUCAGUGGUGGGAACAGAUUACACACAAGUUUCACGAAAGAAGACUAUUAGUAGCCGAGGCUUGUGGGAGCCUAUCGUCUUAUCUACCGGAUACAAUUCGUUCAUCGCUGAUCUGGUCAAUGAUGAAGCAAAUGCUGACAGACGAUCGAAGUGAAGAAGUGCGAGAAGMAAUUACAAAGAGUCUGGGACUAGUCCUAGCCGAUAUGAAAACCCCGGACAAAUACGAACAGGCGCAUGAGUUGUUUUUGUUGACACUUGAAGAUACAGCAGAAAAAGUCUGUCAAGCAGCACAGAAUGUUCUCCUACCGUCGUUAGCUGACUGGGCAAUGGAUUUAGACAAGUUGGAAUCGCAUCUAGCGACUUCAAUCAUGAAUAGGAUUGAAUCAGCACUAGACGACUUUGCUAAUCUACUGGAGACGUCCCYGACUCCUGACAAUGAAGACGAGGUCCAUAGGGCAUUACACACGAUAGGAACACGGAUAUGUCGGUUCAUGGAUGUUUUCACGUCGAUAAUACCCGCACUGUUUGCCAAUGUUUUACGAAAAGCCAAUUUUGCAAAGAAGUUAGAAGAUGUCCAGAAAUACGAUGUUGAAGUCGAAAACGAACGCUUUCUACCGUCCACCUCCCCUCUGACAAAUGUGGCUGUAAUCGUCGGCAGUGAUCAGCUAUUGGCUUUUCUUGUGCGUCGAUUUGAUAAGCUCGUGGCAUCUGAGAAUUUCAAAUCUUGGGAUGCGUUACUAUGGAUACAAUCUAAGUGUUUACCUAAACUUUGUGAAAUCGCUGGACGAGUUCACAGUUCAUUAGUCGAUUGUCUACGUAAAUUAAUGCUGUUGUUCCGUACUUUGUGCAUCACAUUUGGUCUUCCUUUUUCACAUAAUAGAAUUAAACCAUGCUGCAUUGACCGCUUAGAUAAUAUCAAUGCUUCCAAAGAACAACAAGACGAAUCAAAGCGUGACAGCAUGUUGUCUAGUGCAUGUAUUCCUGUGCUGGUCGUUGGAGUACUUGCCCCCUUCGAAGAGGAGGAUAAUAAGAAACAGUUGGCUGUAAUUUUACGUGAAUCCAUUGUCGCACUUGCCCUGAAUUCUCUUCCAUUACACGGUCCAUUAGUAAUUUACCAGGAGCUCAGUGCUCACUCGACGUAUCAUCAACUGUUAAUUUCUGUCCUAUGGGAAAUAGUAGUAUAUCAAGACCCCGUCAUACGAUGCUCGGCUGGAGAGCUUUUUAUGGUUCUUAUUARAGGUGUUGAUGUAGACACCAUAAGCAGACAUGUUAUACCAGCUCUGGUUACGUUAGCUUCUGACUCACAUAUGUCAGUUCGAACAGCAUCGAUCCCUGCCUUCGGUUCUAUCCUAGAGAGCGUUACCGAUAAAGUCAUACUCGAUAAGGUUUAUAUGCAGUUCAAGUCAUUCAUAGAAGACCCACAGUACAGAAAUCAACACGAUCUGCAACGAACCAUGAUUAAGACGUUUGGUAAAGUUGGACCUCAUGCAGAGCCGCUUUUUAGAGAUAAAGUCAUUCUUCCAAGAUUAACAGCCAUGGCUUCCAUCAACAAUGACUGUGAAAAUGAAAUGCUGCGUCGAGAGAUCGCACUGGAACUCCUUGAGGCUUACGCAUCUCUCACAUGUUGUUUUAUCCCCAUUGAAAUUUUUAACGAUCACAUUAUGCCUGGACUACGCUUAGUMCAAGAUGAUGUUUUGGAACUAGCUCCUGAAUAUGAAGAAACUGUAAAUUUACUUCUUCAAGAAUGCGAGACAAAACUAGAGGAAAAAACCUAUGCACA